AUGGAGACUCCCCAGGAUUUCAAGUCCCUUCAAGAGGGUAUUCAAAAAUCCCUAGUCUCGACAGUCAAAUCCGUCAAUCGCAUCGCCGCCGAGGAUCUAGGCUUCCAGCGAACGGUAAACCCCGAUGUCGCAGAACAACUUGACGACAAGUCCGCUCGAGUCCUAGAACUCUCUACGCGCCUAUUGCAGUCGGCGGCCAAAGCGUGCGGAGUCAAAGCGCCGAGACUCGAAGAUGCAGAGGACAUUGAUAUGAGCUGGCAGUCCAUUGUAGACGUGGUGGACUCUGUCCUGGAGAAGGCAGACACUGCUCUGGAUGAAUACACUGGCUUGGUCAAGCGAAAAGAGCCUCCUAGCACGGAUGCCGGCUCCAAAUCAAAACGAGCCAAGUCAACCGGCAAGGUCAUCCGAAAUGCCAAUGUUACGAAGCCCCAGACCAAGUUCGAACUUAAACCAGACAACUUUCCUACUGGGCCGUGGAAGCCGAUUCUCUCCAAAAAGCCGCAUGCGACCGUUUCAUUAGAAAAGAGCCUUGUCACAGCCCCAGCCGAAGAUGGCACAGCCCAAUAUAGGCAUCCUUACGAAAAGGAAAUCACGAGCAUGAAGUAUCCAGAGCGAGCGUUCCAGAAGCACGACCCUGUACCCUCCCAACCAGCCGACUCGACCAAGGCUACAUGGGUAGAUACAUAUGAAGGGGUCCUUAAGAUGUUGGAAGAACUCAAGAAGGCAAAGGAAAUUGCCGUCGACUUGGAACACCACGAUUUCCGCACAUACACAGGCCUUGUUUGCUUGAUGCAAGUGAGCACUCGGGAAAGAGACUGGAUUGUGGACACCCUGCAGCCCUGGCGACACAAGCUCGAGGUUCUCAACGAAGUGUUUGCGGAUCCCAGUAUCAUCAAGGUCUUCCAUGGUGCUUACAUGGACAUGGUUUGGCUGCAACGAGACCUGGGUCUUUAUAUCAAUGGCCUAUUCGAUACUUUCUUUGCUUGUGAACUUCUCAAUUACCCUGGCAGAAGUUUGGCUUUUUUGCUUUCCAAAUUUGUCAACUUUGAUGCCGAUAAACAAUACCAGUUGGCUGACUGGAGAAUACGACCCAUUCCCCAAGAAAUGUUGUUUUAUGCUCGAUCAGACACGCACUAUCUGCUUUACAUCUAUGACAAUGUACGUAAUGAACUAGUCGACGCUUCGGAUAGAAGCGAUCCGGAAAAAGACUACAUCAGUCUGGCAUUACAACGAUCUAGAGAUCUAGCGCUCUCGCGACAUGAGCAUCCAGGCUACAACGAGACCACAGGCGAGGGAUCCAGAGGCUGGUACAAUUACGUUUUCAAGAAUUCCCACCUGGCCUUGAAUGGGGAACAGUUUGCUGUAUUCAAAGCAUUAUGGAAAUGGAGAGACGAAACCGCAAGGCAAGAAGACGAAAGCCCCAACUUUGUAUUGGGCUCAACCCAUGUCACUGAGAUUGCGCGCGUCAACCCCCCCGAUGUCAAGGCUUUGCAUAGUCUCUUACCUCUCGCUGCACCGCUUGCAAGAAUCCGACUGAAUGACAUUUGGGCGCGGGUUCAAGCGGCCAAGGCCGAAGGUGGACCAAGCUUGAUGCAGUUCUUCACGACUCUUGCACCCGAAUCAAUAAUCAAGGGAAGACUGCCAAAGCUUGCCCGAGAACGGGUGGAACUACCAAUCCUGGAAGGGCCCGAAGUUUCCGUAGCGACAAUGCCUCAGUCAAGACUCUUCGGUGGAAUGCCCAUAAGUUCACGGUGGGAACAACCAAAGGCGUCAUCUUCACAUCUGGAGGGCAAUAUACCUUUCCCCUGGCAACGAUUUGUUGAAGACUCAGCCAUCGUUGAUGGAGCGCAGGAGGAAGAAGUUGCCGAGCAGGUCGUAGAAGAAGUUCCCUCAACAACGCAAACACCGAAAGCCAAGUCUGAGGCAGAUGAUGCAGAUGAAGAAUUCACACUGAAGAGAGGAAGAAAACGGAAGCCCGAGUCGGAGCCAGAUCAAGAGGAUGAAACUUCAUCCAGUGGAUCAGAUUCAGACUCAGACUCAGAAGCAGAUCAAGAGCCAGAAGCCGCAGUCGAAGAGGACAUCCCCAUCGCCGACGCCAACGGCGUCAUAACUAUAGAGGAUAACCCACCGAAAAAGAACAAGAAACAACGCCAACUGGAGCGCCGCCAGAAACAAAAGCAAAAGCAACAACAAAAGCAAGAAGACGUCGAACUCGCCAAGAAGCGAGAAACUAAGCUAGCCAGAAAAGCUAAGAAGCAACAGAAGCGACAACAAGUUCAGGAAGAGCAUACGAAGAAGUACAAGGCUGUGCCGUUUGAUUACAGCACAGCUGCGUCGGUUAUGCAUGCGAAUCGCGGACAGGCUGCACAGGGUGGACCGAGAGAACAGAAGAAGGUGUUUGAUCCGUAUUCGAAGACGGGCGAUGAUGAGAUCAAGGGGGCGAGGAAGAUGCCGCCUGUUAGGGGGGAGAGGAGCGCUACUUUUAGGAAGUGA